GCGGGAAAAUACCAAAUCUGGCAACCUGACAAUCAGCAAAUCCGCUUUGCGCAGGCUCGUGCCGCGUGCAAAUUCAGUCUGAAGCUAGCAGCAGCACGAGGAGCCACGCGCUUGGAAGGCCCGCAAGAACAAAUAAAUUGUUGAAUAGUCGAUCAGACGGAUAAAAUGGACGACUGGGAGGAAGAGGGAACCACGCCUUCCUUCACCCCCGCCAGCAGCACUAACGAAGCUCCACAGAGAAACUUCUGGAACGGAGACGCUGGCGAUUCGGGAAAAAACGGAGACACUUGGAACCAGUCCAGCCGAGGGCGAGGAGGCUUCGGGAGAGGAGGCCGAGGAGGGCGCGGCAGAGGCUUCAGGCGGUCGGAUCAGGACGAGCUCAAUGGAGACGAUGGAGACCGAGGAGACUCGGAGAACGGGUUCAGAGGUAGAGGCCGAGGAGGAAGAGGAGGCGGCUUCAGAUCAGGUGGAGAGCAGCGAGGACGAGGUGGAGGAGGUUAUCGAGGAAGAGACGAAGACAUCUUGACUGCAGCUGGAGACAGCGGAGGAGCCGAGAACAAAGACGGCGCCGAUGGAGAACGACCCAAAGUGACCUACAUCCCCCCCAGCCUGCCAGAAGACGAGGACUCCAUCUUCUCCCAGUACAAGAUGGGCAUCAACUUUGACAAGUACGACGACAUCCUGGUGGACGUCAGCGGGACCAACCUGCCCCCGGCCAUCCUGACCUUUGAGGAGGCCAAGCUGUGCGAGUCGUUGAAGAACAACAUCAGCCGGUCCGGCUACGUCAAGCCCACGCCCGUCCAGAAGUACGGCCUCCCCAUCAUCUCAGCUGGCAGAGACCUGAUGGCGUGCGCUCAGACCGGCUCCGGGAAAACGGCGGCGUUCCUGCUGCCCAUCCUGCAGCAGCUGAUGGCGGACGGCGUGGCGGCCAGCCGCUUCAGCGAGAUCCAGGAGCCCGAGGCCGUGAUCGUGGCCCCCACCAGGGAGCUCAUCAACCAGAUCUUCCAGGAGGCGCGGAAGUUCGCCUUUGGGACGUGCGUGCGGCCUGUGGUGGUCUACGGGGGCGUGAACACCGGCUACCAGAUGAGGGAGAUCCAGAAGGGCUGCAACGUUCUGUGCGGGACUCCGGGUCGUCUGCUGGACAUGAUCGGCAGAGGAAAGGUGGGCAUGAGUAAAGUUCGCCACCUGGUGCUGGACGAAGCCGACCGCAUGCUGGACAUGGGCUUCGAGCCGGACAUGCGCCGCCUGGUGGCCUCCCCGGGCAUGCCGCCCAAAGAGGAGCGGCAGACUCUGAUGUUCAGCGCCACCUUCCCCGAGGACAUCCAGAGGUUGGCGGCUGACUUCCUGAAGGUGGACUACCUGUUUGUGGCUGUGGGAGUAGUGGGCGGAGCCUGUGCCGACGUGGAGCAGACCUUCAUUCAGGUCACGAAGUUCAACAAGCGGGAUAAGCUCCUGGACCUCCUCAGGACUACAGGGUCGGAGCGCACCAUGGUGUUCGUGGAGACCAAGAGGCAGGCCGACUUCAUCGCCGCCUGUCUGUGCCAGGAGAAGCUCCCGACCACCAGCAUCCACGGCGACCGGGAGCAGCGCGAGCGGGAGAAGGCGCUGGCGGAUUUCCGCUCGGGGAAGUGUCCCGUCCUCGUGGCCACGUCGGUGGCGUCCCGCGGCCUGGACAUCCCGGACGUGCAGCACGUGGUGAACUAUGACCUGCCCAACAACAUCGACGACUACGUCCACCGCAUCGGGAGGACCGGUCGCUGCGGCAACGUGGGCCGGGCCGUGUCCUUCUACGACCCCGACGUGGACAGCCAGCUGGCCCGAUCGCUGGUCGGCGUCCUGUCCAAGGCUCAGCAGGAGGUGCCCUCAUGGCUGGAGGAGUCGGCCUUCAGCGCUCACGGCUCCUCCUCCUACAACCCCUCAGGGAGGACGUUCGCCUCCACAGACUCCAGGAAGGGAGAUUCCUUCCAGGACAGGAGCAGCAGCGCGACGACUCCGGCUGCAGCGCCCCCUGCUGCUGCUGCAGCAGAUGACGAGGACUGGGAGUAGACGCCCUCCACAGAAGAAAACAAGUGUUCAAAUAUUUACUGUGUUUACUUUAGUUAAAGUAGAAACCGGGAGGUUUCAAGUCCAGGAGAAAGAGCCCAACUUCUUCCAGACACCACAGAGAAAACUGUUUUUUGUUCUCUUUUUCUAGAUCUGUUCUUGAUAAAUAAAAGUUUUCAACCUAC